CAUAGUAUAUGCUCCACCUUGAAACCACCGACUGCGAAGAGGGUUUGAAGGAGUGCAUUCGCCGACGCUAGUCAAAGUGGCCCCUCUAUGAGCGAGUUAGGUGCUGAUUGACCUACUCAGGAAUGCAUUCGGUUUGAUGUAAUAACGAGUGGUUCCACUCAUCUGGUGAACAAUCCAUACCACUUCCGCCGACCGAUCCAGUGCGAUUCAUUUACUCGCAAUGACAGACGCAAACGGUUACUUGGCGAAGCCGUCCGGAGACUGCUGCAUUGAAGGCAACAUACACACAGGCAAGCCACGAGGCAGCUAUACAACGAUUGCUGGUGUCGAGACGUACAUCGCACAGCCACCGGACGGUAAAGCGAAUGGCAACAUCGUCCUAUACUUCCCGGACGUUUGGGGCUUCUUCACAAACGGCCUCCUUAUCGUUGAUGCGUUUGCGGAUGCCGGUUACUUGACGCUGGCUCUUGACUACUUCCGCGGCGAUCCAGUGUGGAAGCACCGCAAAGACCGGCAUGACAAAACCACAGAUCCCAACUUCGAUUAUGAGGCGUGGAAGGUCAAGCACACCACCUUCGCUAACGACGCCACGCCAAAGUGGGUGCAGGAGGUUCGAUCGAAGUACGGUGGCGAGAAGACCAAGUACGCUUGCGUAGGAUACUGCUUUGGCGCACCUUAUGUCUGCAAUGAACUGGCGGGAGACGCAGUAGCUGCCGGCGCCUUUGCGCAUCCGGCAUUCUUGAAGGAACAUCAUUUCGAGAAUGUCAACAAACCACUAUUUCUUUCGUGUUCUGAGAUAGAUCACACGUUCGAGAAGCCUGCACGGCGGAGAGCCAUCGACAUUCUGGAGAGUCAGAAGAAGACCUACCAUUUACAACUGUUCGCCAAAGUGCAGCACGGCUUUGCGUUGCGUGGUAAUAUGGACGAUCCAUAUGAAAGGUAUGUCAAGGAACAAUCGUUAAGAGGCAUCGUCGCAUGGUUCGACCUUUGGCUUCCGCAGUGAGACAAGGUCAUGCAGCACCGUUGUCUGGGCCUGUAGCUCGCUUUGCUCCGACAAUAUGGUGCUAGGUAAUCUCAAGUCAUUGUCGUAUAAUUUUCUCGGACUAGGGCAGUUCGUCUUUGUUAGGGUGUCUUGCUGCCGACCAGACAGCCUCCUCAGCCUAGGCUGAAAUGCGCAGAGCCAUACGCCGCUUUACGCAGGCCCAAAUGAGUUUAGAUUGUGUCAGUCCACGGCACAUAGCGUCAGGUCGUAAGCCGCU